ACCCAAGACGGCAGAGUUGCGCGUGUGCCUUCCCAGGUCCUGGCAGCACCAUCCCGCUGGGGGUGAGGACACUGGCCGCUUAUUUCACGAACACUGGAUGUUUUUAUUUUGAUUUCUUCCUCAUUUUCUUGGCUGGAUAGGAUAUACAUGUCCACGCUAUUAAACGCGAGACGACAGCAAGCCGGCGAACGAGCACAGUAUCGAUGGAGAAAAUAAGUUGAUCGGCUUCGGAAGAAUGUUUUCCUCGUUCCUGGAAAAGGGAUUGCUCAGAUCAGCGUGAUGGGUGUAUCGAGAACACAGGAGCGUCGGGGAUUUUGACUUUUGGAGAGGAUCUGGAGAUAUACAUCUACAGCUUAAGGGUUUUCGAGUGCAACAAAAAGGGAAAACACUUGCACGGAGCGCCAUACUGCAAAGAAAGAAGCUUCCCGGAUCGAUACUGUGUAGCAAUCUGCUCGCGCUCCGCAACAUCGAGUUGCUCAUACGGGAGAUUUUUUUGGAUUCGAUUUUUAAAUCGGUUUCAUGUUAAGCAAGUUAGCUGGCGAGCGAGGAUCAAGUCGGCAACAGUGGCCUGAUUGAUAUCCGCGUAACUUCUGCAAACUGCAUGCAGCCCUGGCGGUGGAAAUGGGGCUGGAUCAACCCAAAAUGGCAAAUAUGAAGAAAUGUAAAAGAUGAAUGUUGCAUCUCCCACGUAACCUGCAGCAUUCACAAAUUUCCCUUUCCGCGUAAUAGAGGGGGAAAUAAGCCCGAGUUUCGAGCGAAGCAAGGUGCUCCCUUAUGUCUCCAACAUGAGGGAGAUUUAAGGCCGUGUAGAUAUUAUUUAUUAUGGGGGGAGCGGGGUUUUUUUCGGUCGCGUCAACAUUUUGAUUUAAUCUCUCUGUUAUUUUUACUUUUCUUUUGUUUUCUCUCAGCGAUAGGUUUUAUUGGAUGUGCGAUUGUGUUUUAUUUGCUGCUGGUUUAAACGUUUUAAAACGAGAAAGAUCUUCGGAAGUAGGUCAGAUCAAAGAAAAGAUAAGGCUGGAGAGUAGUUGGCUGGAUGAUCUUUUGUCAUGCUAGCAUGACACCUUUCCAUACUUAUCCUAACAUACGCCGGACAUCUAUGCUUUGAUUUUACUAAUCGUUUGGCUAAAUGACAGCUAAAUGAGAGUUUGACCACCGCCGCUUAUCUUGACAGCCUCCAUCUCGCCGCCGUCUGAUCUUGUUUGGAGUCCCAUUUUUUUUGCUUCUCCUCCGUCAUUGCUUUGUUUUUGUUUUUACCGCCUCUCGUUUUCGGGCUGUUGAGUGAGUGAAUGGCUCUGUGCGGAACGACGGCUUCCAAUGCCGCGAAAAUGAUGGCUGCAUACAACGGCGGCACCUCGGCGGUGGCAGCGCAUCACCCGCACCAUCACCACCAGCUACCCCAUCUCCCGCCACCCGCCCACCUCCACCAUCAUCAUCACCCGGGCCAGCAUCACCUCCAGCACCCCGGUUCGGCCGCCGCCGUGCACCCCGUGCAGCAGCACGCUUCCACGGCCGCAGCUGCCGCCGCUGCCGCCGCUGCGGCAGUGAUGCUGAACCCGAGCCAGCAGCAGCCGUACUUCCCCUCGCCCGCACCCGGUCAAGCUCCGGGGCCGGCGGCCGCUGCAGCUCCAGCGCAAGUUCAAGCCGCCGCCGCGGCCGCUGUGAAGGCGCAUCACCACCACCAUCAUCAGCAGCACUCGCAUCACUUACAACAGCAUCUGGAUAUUGAGCCGGACAGACCUAUCGGAUACGGAGCUUUCGGUGUUGUUUGGUCGGUGACAGACCCCAGAGAUGGCAAACGGGUGGCCCUUAAAAAGAUGCCCAACGUCUUCCAAAACCUUGUCUCCUGCAAGAGGGUUUUCCGCGAGCUGAAGAUGCUCUGUUUCUUCAAACACGAUAACGUGCUGUCAGCUCUGGAUAUUCUUCAACCUCCACACAUUGACUACUUCGAGGAAAUUUAUGUGGUGACAGAGCUGAUGCAGAGUGACCUUCAUAAGAUCAUCGUGUCUCCACAGCCCCUGAGCUCUGAUCACGUCAAAGUCUUUCUCUACCAGAUCCUGCGAGGACUGAAGUAUCUACACUCGGCUGGCAUUUUGCACAGAGACAUUAAACCUGGUAACCUUCUGGUCAACAGCAACUGUGUACUUAAGAUUUGUGACUUUGGCCUGGCGAGAGUGGAGGAGCUGGACGAGUCGCGUCACAUGACACAGGAGGUGGUCACACAAUACUACAGAGCGCCGGAGAUCCUGAUGGGGAGCAGGCACUAUUCCAACGCCAUCGACAUCUGGUCUGUGGGCUGCAUCUUUGCCGAGCUGCUUGGGCGACGCAUCUUGUUCCAGGCCCAGAGUCCCAUCCAACAGCUGGACUUGAUCACAGAUCUGCUGGGGACUCCAUCUUUAGAGGCCAUGAGGACGGCGUGCGAGGGGGCCAGGGCUCACAUCCUGAGAGGGCCUCACAAACAGCCUUCACUUCCUGUCCUGUAUACCCUAUCCAGUCAAGCAACCCAUGAGGCCGUUCACCUCCUCUGCAGGAUGUUAGUUUUUGACCCAUCAAAGCGGAUCUCUGCGAAGGACGCACUGGCACACCCGUACCUGGACGAGGGGCGUCUGCGCUACCACACCUGCAUGUGCAAAUGUUGCUACACCACUUCCUCUGGCCGCGUCUACACCAGUGACUUCGAACCCGUCACCAACCCCAAGUUUGACGACGGCUUUGAAAAGAACCUGACAUCAGUACGACAGGUCAAAGAGAUCAUUCAUCAGUUCAUUAUGGAGCAGCAGAAGGGGAAUCGGGUGCCGCUCUGUAUCAACCCCCAGUCAGCUGCCUUCAAAAGCUUUAUCAGCUCGACAGUAGCUCAACCCUCCGAGAUGCCUCCAUCUCCUCUAGUUUGGGAGUAGCUGAGGACAUCGAUGACAACAGUAAUGGUGGACAUCCCUCCCACGGCGCCGGUCCGCGCCCACCCCUCACGCACGCUGGACUACUGACCCCCAGGCAUCCCCAAACUGCGUAGCAUUUCACUGGAGUCUAGGAUUAGCCAUGUUGCUGAUGUGUGUGUGUACUGUAAUACUAAAUGGAGUUUUAUAGAAGCAACCACUACUGUUUGAGUUCAAGCGGGACACGGGAAGGGUCGGUGUGGUUACAGGGGGUUGGUUUGUGUGUACGGUAGAGGCGUACCCACAUAAAUCGAAGGUUCGCGAAGCACGCCGAGACGCCCGCGAACACGUGCCCUCGCAGGCGAAGUCGACCCCUGUGGACUUUAAUGUAUUUUGGACACCAGGGCGGCGAUCUCUGCACGGUAUCCCUGAAGGAAAACUCAUUGAGUUUGUGCACGCGAGUAGUCCUGCUUUAUUUAUUCACGGAAGUCGGCAGUGCUUCACAUAGUUCAGAAAAGAAGGCAACUUUCUCUCUCUCUCAUGCUUGCACCUCCACUAAAAACUGUGACCACUUGUUCGACUGAAGUGGGCUCAUCGCAUUUCUUUCCUUCAGCUGUAGUGUGAAUGUUCAUUUUAUGACUUUCUUCCAUUUUUGCUGUCAUCGUCAUUUUGUUUCUCGAUCCAUUUAUCUUCGUUUGUAUCUCAUUGUCUCUCAUAUCCACCUUUCAUCAGGUCAGUAUUACUUAGUGCGACACUUUGCAGAGAUGCUGAUAAGAUCUGGCAGUACUUCUGAAUGUGGAUGUAUUCAGUACUUUUGGGUAACAGUACGACACAGCAUUUCUUGAGCAUCAAGGAUCCAAAGUAUGCGAGAUAGGCCUGAGGCAAAAUCCACCACUGGGUGUUCUUUCUUUUGGUCACCGAGAUGGUGCCUAAAAGUGGUUUAUCUACAGUAUAAAGGUGCCGUAGGUGUGGGUACCUCAACAUCAGAGGUUUACGAAGUCACCCGGCCCACACAGUAGGUAGUCCCUACACAUUCAGAAGAGAGCAUACAGAGAAAUCUUGAAAGGCGUUUGUUUCUUGAUACUGAAAAGUAGUAUGUAAAAACAUGUAAUACAUAGAUUUAGGGAUGUCUGUUUGAACCUGUACCCCUGCUUUCCCUGCUGGAAAACCUAGAACUUGGGUCCAAAAUUAACAAAUGCGGGUGAAAAUAGGCUUUGGCGAGUAAAUAAAAUGUGAUGAGAUUAAAUUGACAUGUAAAAAUAAUGCAAUGCGGCUUGCUGCUGUGAGAAAUGAAAUUGAAGAUGUUUUUGUUUUAGUGGCUUAAUGAGUACCACUGUCAGGUGCAUCUUCAGUCUUUGUGACAGGUGUCGUAACAGCCUUGUUAUAGGACAGCAAAAUAUAUUUAAUAAAAAAAUGGGCUGAUACAGUUUUAUGGCCAGUAAGGAAGACAUUUUUCUGUACUGUAAAGUGUCCUUUGCCUUGGUAGGAGUGGCAAAAAGUUGGAAAUUUUGGACCCUACCUAGAACACAGCAUGCAGAUGAUUGAUACCAAAUAAAAAAGACUUAAAAAAGGCAAAGAUUACUCAAAGAUAAAAGAUAAUAGGUUGAAACCUGAGAUCAACCAAACCAUUCCAUAAUAACAAUGGUUUAUUACCAGUCCUUAAGUGAUAACACCAUUGUGUGAGUGCAUGUAUGGACCCUGUGCAUGUUUAUAACUGACUGUGGCAUCACAAUAGUGAUCCAGUUUGUGUCGGUUCAGUGUCUUCUUCUGUAACACCCCCCAAGCCCUUUUCUUUAAAAGAAUUCUUGGAGAUUAUGAAAUGAGUUUCUGGGAUCGUGUGUGGUCUGGAAAGCGAUUGGGAGCAGGUUCACUGUAACAUGCAUAUAUUUCCCAUACUGUUUUCUGCAUUCUCAGACUCAAGACUAAAACAAAUCAAAUGAAAAUAUUUAAUAUAUUUUUAGAGAAUUAUUUUUAUUUCUUCCUCAAUGCGCUAUGGCAUGCUUUCCCAUGAUCCACUGAGUACGGUAGGCCUAUGUAAAUACGUAAGUAGCAGGUAGAUUUGGAAAUAAAUGAAAAAUCGACAAAAAUAAGAACAUACGAAAAUCGCCAAACAAAAAAUGUAAUACUGCUGUAUAGACGUUGAAUUAGCCUGCACAUUUUUAGGGCUUUGAAAUUUUAUUUUAUUUUUGAGACUUGCAUAUAACUGUACAUAUUUUUUCUCUUUUCUGGUUUUUCUUUUCUUUCCCCCUGCACUAGAAAGUGUAGACAAAGUUAUAAUCCAAAUCAGUAUGAAAACGAAACAAACAAAAAAAACACAUAACCAAUUAUGUUAAUUGUGUCUUGUGUGCUGCAGAGCUGUGGAUACUAGUAUUGAAGUAGAGCCCUUUUUUAAUUAUUAUUAUUAUUAUUAUUAAUAAUUUCCUUUAAAGAAACACUGAACUGUUUGUGUAUAUGUAUAUAAUGGAUUCACAUUGUUGGUCUCUACCUCUUGAGCUUAAUGACUUGGUUGUUUACCUCCACAAUUUUAUUGCUACGUGGAGAUUUAAAACUUGAAUGUCCCUUCCGACUUUUAUAUUCCUAUCAAACCCUGUAUAAAAAUCAAAGUCAUUCAAAUUCGAUUGGUUCGAGGUGGUUCCCAUCAUCAUAUUCUUGUACAAACUACCAUGUUCUCACCCCAGUGUUCUCCGACUGUUAGAUCACAAAGCAUAUUUGUCCUGCGAGACAACCCACGAUGAUUAUUAACAUGGUAUACUUCACCAAGAGACGUCGUUUAAGAUCGGAAUGUCAAAUUAAAGCAAGAGUAUGAAAGAUAACAUGCAGAGUCAAAUACAUACAAGCUCAUAUGGGGUAAACCGGAAAGGUACUACAUCUGCUGUCAAGUUUUUAUAAGAAAUUUGCUGUUUAUACUCAGAGUUAAUGGUAUUUGAAUACAUUUUACAACAUAUAUAUAUAUAAUGUAAAGUCUGAGUUCGAUGACCUGCAAGCAAGACAGGUGAUUCAUGUGAACCGGAAACACUCUGUGGAUGUUCUGUGUUUCACUGGUCUCUUUUCAGAGUGUAGAUUUGAAGUACUGUGGUGAAGCUCAUUAAAUGUUGACAUUUAAAACGAAAAUGAGCUGUCUGUCCUUAUGUCACUUACAAAUUUAGCUGUUCUGUAUGUUGUUCUUUUUACGGGAAAAAGUGUUGAUUCAGUUACACAGAGCACCAGUUUGCCAAAUUUCAACUUGCAGUAUUUCAAGGACGUCUACAAUUUAUCAAGGUUCAGUUGUCUAAGAAUAACAAGAUCAGUUAUAUUUUGCAGUACUUUGAACUAAGUGGUUCUGAAAUAUUUUAAUUUCACCCCUAUAUUCACUUUUUUGUCAUAUAAAAUAUAAUUAAAUAUCCAUUUUUCUCAUUUUCACAACUCAUGAUCAUGACCUGAAAUGCAUUGGAAUGACUGAGAUGUCUGUUAUUUUCUACAUAUUUACACAAACACAACAGCACCUAUGGAUAUGUUGGUAGUUUCACUUAACAAAUUCUAGACAUGUAUCUCUGAGGUGCUUAUGGAGGGAAGACGGCUUGUUUAUGUGCGGGUAAACAUGUGCACUGAGAUCUAAUCAAAAGGUCUGAAUGCGACCGUGGAAGAGUACAAACAGAUUAGGAAAGUGCUGGCACAUCUCUGCCAACUGGGGGAACGUUUCCAGAAAGUUGAGUUCAUUACAGAGGUUUAGACCUCUAUCUUACCUUGUUUGCUAUGUAAAGGACGUUUCUAUAGAAUAAAUGACUUGUGUGCUUUUUAGUUUUGUCUGCACUAUACCAAAACGUAGUAGGCCUAUGUGUAAGCCAUAUCAAUGGUAUGCUUCCUAAAAUAUUUGUAACUUCACAUUAAUCACAGUAUCACUUAAAAUAAUGCCAGAUAUCAUUUCAUCCGAAUUGUGAUGGAAGUAGAUGGUUUCAGUAAUAACUUGGAAAUUCCAAGCAUGUUUUCAUGGUAAUCCACAAUCAAGAAUAACAUCAAACAAAU